AACCUGUGGUUCUCGGUUUUUUUUCUUCCAGCAUCUUGAUGGACGCAACUUUCACAGCCUACGUGCAAGCAGUCAUGAAUAUUCCCUGGUAAAAGAAAAAGAGGACGUUUCCUGAUCCAUUCAAAACAAGAACCCUCUCCUGCUCGGAGCCGGUCGCGGUAACGAUGCUGCUGGGAAGCUUCUGCCUGGCGCUCCUCCUCCCGGCCGUGGUGGAGGCUCAGUACGAGAAGUACAGCUUCAAGAGUUUCCCUCAGAAAGACAUCAUGCCGCUGGACUCUUCCUACAACUACGCGCUGGAGCAGUACGCGGCGGAGAACUGGGCGGAGAGCAUCAAGUACCUGGAGCUCAGCCUGCGUCUCCACCGGCUGCUGCGGGACAGCGAGGCGUUCUGUAACCGCAACUGCAGCUCCGUCAGCCGGGACAACGACACUCUGUCCGCCGACGGCAGCCUCCGCGUCGUGCGCCACAUCCUACUGAGAGCUGCGUGCCUGAAGAAGUGCAAGGCGGAUCUCCCCGUGUUUAACUUCUCGUAUCCACGCAGGGACUUACUGGACACGUUCGAGAUGAGGGUGCCGUAUCGGUACAUCCAGUUUGCACACUACCAGCUUAACAACGUGGAGAAGGCUGUGUCAGCGGCUCACACCUUCCUGAAGAAGAACCCAACGGAUCCCUAUUUGACUAAGAACAUGAAGUACUACAAGACUCUGUUUGAUGUGGAAGAAUAUCUGAUCGACCACGAGGAGCAGCCGUAUGAAAGUGUUUUCCUGAAGAGCGUGACGCUUUACAACAACGGAGACUUCAGCAACAGUGCCCGAAACAUGGAGCAGGCCAUCACACAAUACUUUGAAAUAUACAGUAUCUGCUUGGCAGGCUGUGAGGGCUCAUAUGAGAUCCUAGAGUUCAAAGACUUCUAUCCCACCCUGGCAGAUCUCUACACAGAUAUGUUGAAAUGUAGAGUAAAAUGUGAGGAGAAACUGACACCCAGCGUUGGAGGCUUCUUUGUGGAGAAGUUUGUAGCCACCAUGUAUCACUACCUCCAGUUUUCCUAUUAUAAAUUGAAUGAUGUAAAGAGUGCUGCUCCGUGUGCAGCCAGCUACAUGCUGUUUGACCGUAAAGACCAGGUGAUGCAGCAAAACAUAGCGUACUAUCGCUUCUACCGCGAGCAGUGGGGACUCGAAGAAACAGACUUUCAGCCUCGGCCCGAGGCUCUGAGGUACUUUAAUGAGACAACCAAGCAGAAAGAGAUGCUGGAGUUUGCACUGAACUACCUACAAACUGAAGAUGAGGGCGAGGUAAGUCCAGAAGAAACGGCCUCCUCUCACACAGAGCAUCCUGACACUGAGUUUGAAGGUAUGGGAGACUACGAGGAGUCCUUCAUGGCUGAAUGGUGGCAAGAACCCAAAACUAAGUGGGAUGCUGGAGAGAUCGCAGACUGACAUCAGUCCUCGUCUCCUGUGCAGACAGCUUCCUCAUCCGGCUCUGUUCCACUUCUCCUGACAACAUACCAAAGAGCGUUGACCUCCCUACAGACAGACAUCGACUUUCCCAACAGUAUUAAGCCGAAAAAUCACAAAUCAUCUGUGUACUUUUCCACAGCAAAAUGAUAAAAUGACUAACUUAUUUGUCAUGUUGAUCAAGAUCAGAGAUUGACAUAUUCUGUUUUGGCUGUCAUCAGCCUUUUAAAACUUUUUUUGUCUUUAUUGUCUGUCAUGCCUGUAUGCCAAUACCUGUCACUGAUUUUUCUACAGUUUUUAUUUAGUUUUUAUUUAAUGAAAGCUGAAUGCCUCUGUGCUGUGUUAUAAGGAAGGUGACAUGUAGCUUUUCUUAUGCUGAAUGAU